AUGAACCAGAUGAGUGUCAUCGGUCUCAUUUCGAUACCUGGCAUGAUGACCGGCGCGAUUCUCGGUGGCUCGUUCGUCGAGCAAGCCGCAAAACUGCAGAUCAUCAUCAUGUUCAUGCUCUCGGCGUCGAUGGCGCUCGCAUCAAUAGUCGCGACUGUGCUCGCACUACGGGUCGUCGUGGACAAAGAACACCGCGUUCGGCUUGACAGAGUCGACGUGCGGGACCAUGCGAUCUGGCGCGUGAGGGCUUGA